CUGAAGAUCAGAACGAAGUUGUCACUUGCUGGAGCCUGAAACAAAUACCUCUGAAUGAAUAUGAAUAUUAUUAUUCAUACUUGAAAUAUGUGACUGUUUCCCACCUGCCUGGCCUUGCCCGCCCAUCCCCGUCACUCUGUAUAUGUUCCGCCUGCCCAUCCGAGGCGUUCAUGUCCGACAAAAAGGCCUGGAGUCCUCUAAUCUGAACGCUAGAUCGGAUCCAUUAGAUGAGAAUAGCCGUGAGGGAUUACCAUGGAGCCAACCUGUGGCCUAGAAGAGGCGCCUGCGAAACCCAAUCAAACGGUCCAACCGCGUCCAGGUUCGAAGUCGAAGCUAGACGCUACGGUUAGAUCAGCGUGGCAUGAGCGGCAUGAGCGGUGUGAGCCGCAUGAGCGGCAAGGCCGUGGCAGUUCAUCGGAUUGGAACUCAUCCAUGGGAUCUUCUUAUGAGCAAAUCCAAGUGCACCAGCAAUUCAAUAAGCGUUUUGAUUUCUCAGCCCAGGGGAUAUGGGUCCUCGGUCCAGGCUCCGAUUCCUUUGCUCUUGGAUCGGAUUACUUGCAAACCGCUGCCCAAGCCAUCCCUGCCCAGUCAACCACAACCACAACAAGCACAACAACAACAACAACAACAACAACAACAUCCUCCUCCUCUUCCUCGUCCUCGUCCUCAGAUGGCCAUCAGCUUGAGACUCAGACGAGUCUAAAGUGUGAGCUCAGUGCGGAUUGGUCCAUAUCGCCCGAUUUCCUGGCCUUGAAGACUCAACUAAACGAAGUGAAGACGCGUCUCAAUCGACUGGCCUUGGAUCAAUGGCAUCGACACACCCGACGCACCAAUCCAGCGGGAAGGGUCAUCCAAGCCGUACGGGACAAAGCCCGCAAUCCCGAGCUGCUCACGCAAGCAUGGUGUAAAUUCACCGAGAUUCUGACCCAAUUCCCUAUGCUGGUCCCGAACGGGCCCAAUCGGAGCACCGCAUUCACCUCGGCCCAUCUCUGCGAAGCCCCAGGCGCCUUUGUGGCCGCACUCAACCAUUUUCUACACACCAGAAUCAGCAUGGGGGCUGUGGGUUGGGAUUGGCGGGCCACCACGCUCAAUCCUUUUCACGAAGGCAAUGCCACCUCAUACAUGAUCAACGAUGAUCGCUUCAUCCUGCAAACCUUGGAUCAUUGGCACUUUGGGCGCGAUUUAACGGGCGACAUCUUGGAACCCGCCAACCGGAAGUGUCUUCACGCCACUUGGGUCCAGCAAAUGGGUGGUUUAGUGGAUCUGGUGACAGCUGACGGCAGCAUCGACUGCCAGGCUGACCCCGGUGAACAAGAGCGCAUUGUCACACCCCUUCACGUGGCUGAAAUGAGCUUGGCCCUCAAUUUGUUGCGGGAGGGCGGCCAUUUCCUCAUUAAGAUGUUUACAUUCUAUGAAGUGGGAUCACUGGCGUUAUUGUUUGUGCUCCGGCGCUGUUUUCGAGAACUGAGCGUGCACAAGCCCGCCACCAGUAAAGAGGGCAACAGUGAAGUGUAUGUGAUUGCUCGCGGAUAUCGCGACAACUUGAGCUCCCAGGACAAGGCUUAUCUAAUGGAUUUGAAACCUUCCCCUGAGCGGCCUUUGAUCCCUCUGAAUUGGAUCGAACCUCAAUUCGUGGAUGAAGUCCUGUCUUGCGCUCGCUUUUUCAAAGAGAUCCAAUCUGAAGUGAUCGUCAAAAAUUUGAGCACCUUUCAACAAGCUUCCAAUUCGUCAGGCUUUUUUAGAAUCCAGCGUCAAGUAUGCCAAGAGUUUCUCACCCAAUGUCACAUCACGCCUAUGGACGAGCAUCAUCGGCUCACCCAGAACCUACCCCGAGCUCAAAGCUGUCUUCAUCUAGGAGCCAAAAGAGAAUGGGGUACUUUUGAAGAUCGUCGGACUCAGUCAAAUUUGGAUCCUAAUGUGCUGGGCGAGCGAUUGCGGCUCUUGGAAAUCCCGCAAGGCGAGCUCCAGUACUUGAAAUGGAUCAACACCAAGCCAUUUGAUGGCGCUAAAUUAACACCUUCUUAUGGACGAUCAUUUCGCCGAGUUGAAAGCUCCAAAUUUUGCUUGUCUGAAAGUUUGGAGGUUUUUUAUGAUGCAGUGGCGCUGGAGUCCAAUACCGAAGGCACUGAAUCCGGUCUGAAACGAAGGAAAUUGUCAUCGUCUGGGAGCAAGUAUUUGAAAUUAUCGUCGAUUCUGGAAGACUCGCUCAUGAAAGGGACGACCCACUUGCAUGCGGAUUCUCCGACAAUUCUAUGCCACGGCGAAACGUCGAAAUCAUUUGGACCUGAGACUCUGAGAGAAGUCGUUGCUCAGCUUUCGGAGUUGGAAAAAGGCCAAUGCCUGACCUUGAGUCAAUGCUUGGGCCUAACUCGUGUGGAUGUAACCGUGAUUCUUCUUGUGGCCUCAUGCUUCGACAAAAUAGGAUUCUUAGCUCAUCCCAAUGGUCAGAGUUUCAUAUUUUUCACCGGUUUUUUAUCUGACGAAUAUGCCCAUCCAGUCAUUGCCGUCUUAGAAUCUAUCACACGAUGGAUGAGUUCUUCUCAAAAGGACAAGAGCACGGAACUGGUCUCACUCUGCGAAGUCACUCGCCUCCUUCAUGAGCCCUUUUAUUCGGACUUGGUCAAGUACAAUAUGCAUUCACUCUUUCAUUGGUCUAAGCAGAUCUUGUCGUCACUCUCGGAUGUCAAUGAGCGACCGUCUGAUUGUCAAUAAAGCCUUCAUGGAUAUUCUGCGAUAUUCACGAUGUGGUUUAACAGCCUCUUCAACUUGUGGCUGCUUUUUCUUUCAG